UUGUAUAUAAUGAUAUACCUCUAUAAGCUCCGCAUUCGGCGUACGAAGUGGUGUCUUCGUGCCGCAUUGUGCAGAUCGAUAUAACAUCGUACGAAUAUAUAGUGCCUAAAUAAUAUACCAUAGUGUCGCAUACACUGCAGUUAACUUUACGUUUGUCGCUAAUAGAACAUAUAUAGUAUAAGAUAUACGCUGUGUACAAAUACGGACGCGUGUCUUUACCGGCUCAUAUAUAUAGCCAUUUAGGCAUAUACCUAAAUACUGUCACCGCCGCAAAUACGUAUCAACAAAACAACGCUGUAACACUGUAAUAUUCACGCCACGUGUGUUCAUGAAGAAAUGACAAUAAAUCAACAUGAACAGAUACAUGACUCUGAAUCAGCUUGGAGACGGCACGUACGGAUCAGUUGUGCUGGGACAAAACAUAGAUACAGGAGAAAAGGUGGCCAUCAAAAGAAUGAAAAGAAAAUAUUAUUCUUGGGAUGAAGCAAUGAAUUUGAGAGAAGUUAAGUCUUUAAAAAAAUUAAAUCAUGCUAAUUUAAUAAAACUUAGAGAAGUCAUUAGAGAAAAUGAUACUCUUUACUUUGUAUUCGAAUACAUGAAAGAAAAUUUGUAUCAGCUUAUGCGAAGUCAAAGCAAAUUUUUUCCCGAACAGUCUAUCAGAAAUAUACUUUAUCAGAUAUUGCAAGGAUUGGCGUUCAUGCACAGGCACGGUUUCUUUCACCGGGACAUGAAACCGGAAAACCUAUUGUGCUGUGGUCCCGAGUUGGUCAAGAUCGCCGAUUUUGGUUUGGCCAGGGAGACUCGGUCGCGUCCUCCGUACACCGACUACGUGUCCACCCGAUGGUAUCGGGCACCAGAGGUGUUAUUGCAUUCGAUCAAUUACAGCACACCGAUCGACUUAUGGGCCGUCGGCUGCAUCAUGGCCGAGUUGUACACGUUCAGACCGUUGUUUCCGGGCACGAGCGAGAUUGACCAAAUAUUCAAAAUAUGUUCGGUCCUAGGAACUCCUGAUAAGAAAGAAUGGUUUGAAGGUUACCAAUUGGCAUCAGCAAUGAAUUUUAAGUUUCCUCAAUUUAAACGAUUGGCACUUAAUACGGUUGUACCAAAUGCAAGCCGCGAUGGAAUACAUUUAAUGGAAUUACUACUUAGUUGGAAUCCAAUUCGAAGACCAAGCGCACAAAGUGCUUUAAGGCAACCGUACUUCCAAGUAGGACAACAACGUUUGAACCAAGAAGUAGGAGAAGUGUCUUAUGCUAAGAUUGGCCAACAAAAAAGACAGCCCGUACAACUAAUGAAAUCACAAAUUUCACUCCUACAAUCCAACAGUAACAAGCAAUUAAAAUACGAAAAACAAUGGGAAACGUUGACGAACAAGCCAAUUGGUAAUAAAGAGAAAACGUGGUAUGAUAACGAUGCAGAUACUAUGAUGUUGAGCAAAAAGAAACUAAGCGCCAAACAACAUUAUCUAUCAGUGGCCAGAUAUGUAACAGGAAGAGCUUCCAACUUUCAAGCAGCUGAGAACGAGAAUAUAUCAAAGAACAUAAGAAAUGAUACGUUCCCAUCCGUAAGCAAAGUGUCUUAUGGCCAAAGUGAUAAGAAUAAAAUUGGCAAACGAUAUGGAAAAGCCGAAUGGACGUCAAAGUUCAUGGAGUAAAUUGAAUAAUUAUUAAAAUCAAAAGCAGUGUUUAAUCAAAUUAAAAAAAAAAAAAACAAUCAAAAUCAUUAUAUUUUAUUUUUUAUUUUUUUUAGCUUUCUAAGCUCUGCCAUGUAUACACGAUUAAUUUAUUGUACAUUAAUAUCACAUGUUAUUAUAAACUUUUAGUUUUUUAAAAUACUAUUUUAAACAUUUUUUUAUUGUGUACGCUAAAAAUAUUAUUCGAAUAUUUAGUAUUUAGCUCUAUGGACGAUAGACAAUGAUGUUAGAAAACAUAAUUGUGAUUAUGAAUUCUAACUUUAAAAAUUUAACGAUAUAUUAUAGCAUGAAGCGAGCACAAAAUGUGCACAAUGUUGCAUUAUUUGUUAAACACAUAAAAAUUGAAUAAAAAAUAAAUAUUUUGUAUUUUGUACGAUACUAAUUUUGAAGUGUAAAAAAAAAUACAAAUAUCAAUUACCUACCCAA